CCAAGCUGAAGACCUUUGUGGUAAGCCAACCGCUACAAGCUAUCAAGAUCCCAGGUCUUUCUGCCUCUGUCCAGGGCUGGAGUAGUAUAGGACUAGAUUACGAUCCGAAACCGGUUAGCGGCUAGACAGAACAACUAUGAACGAAUACUCUACGGGCUCCGAUUCGGAGUAUGCCAAUAGCUGGAUCACUUGGUUCUUGUCGACCAAGGGCAACGAAUACUUUGUCGAGAUCGACGAGGACUACAUCCUGGAUCGCUUCAACUUGACCGGAUUGAACGGGGAGGUGGUGCAAGAGUAUGCUAGGGCGCUCGACCUGAUCACGGAUCAGCUUGAGGAUGAGGAUGACAUGGACGAAGAUUUGCGGGAAACGAUCGACAAUUCGGCGAGGUAUCUGUACGGCCUAAUUCACGCUCGAUACAUCAUCACAACACGAGGCUUGGCCAAGAUGCUCGACAAGUACCGCAGCGCCGACUUUGGCACCUGCCCCCGCGUUUACUGCUACUCUCAACCCGUUCUCCCCGUCGGUCUCGCCGAUGCACCUUAUCAGAAAGCCGUCAAACUAUAUUGCCCUCGUUGUGAAGACCUCUAUUCGCCAAAAGGUAGCCGACAUGGCAACAUCGACGGUGCUUACUUUGGGACGACUUUCCCUCAUAUGCUGUUCAUGGUCUACCCACAUAUGGUCCCGAGUAAAGGUCCCCCUGUACCAGGACCGGGGGGCCCGGGAGGACCUGUCGGACAUGUGGGCGGAGCUUCGGGAUUGCCGGGAUACCUGGGACAUGGGCCGACGGGAAUUGGGUCGAUCAGCACGGCGGCGGCGGCUAUCAAGGCGGAGGUGUAUGAUCCCAAGUUGUUUGGAUUCCGGGUCAACGAAUCGGCCAAGCUGAAACGAUGGCGGGAAGCGAUGCGGGACGAGUGAGCAAGUCAAGCGCUUAGAGGGGAUCGAGAAGGAAGAAGGUGGA